AUGAAAGCGUACAAAGGAAUGCUUCUGACUUGCGACGCAGCAGUAAAACAACUCAUCCUGUCCCUAGACGAACGUAAUCGAUUCAUCAUCAUGGAUCUAGACGAAACCCAUCUCUUGAUCUCUCCUGAUCGCAUAGAUUGGUUGCGGUCUGAGCUUGAAGUCGAGUUGGAGAAAAAUACUUAUACUCUCGAAGCAUAG